AUGGUUGGAAACUUAACAUCAAAAAAGGCUAAUGAUUCUAUGAGUAGCUUUUCAAUGCUUAAAGCUUUUGACAUUAACAUUCGUCCUUGUAAACAAUUAUCCACUGUGGAAGUGUUGUGGAGUCCGCCAGCUCGGGGUUGGAUCAAGUGCAACACAGAUGGUGUUGCUUCGGGCUCUUCUUUGUUGGAUGCUUGUGGUGGUCUAUUCAGAGAUGAGGAAGCUAAUCAUUUGCUUAGUUUUAGCGUGUUUAUCGGUCCAAGAACUCCGGUUGUUACUGAAUUCAUGGCGGUUAUUAUUGCAGUUGAGAAGGUCAAGCAAUUAAAUUGGUCUAAGUUAUGGAUAGAAACAAAUUGUAUGUUAGUGGUGAAGGCUUUCGCGAAUGUUCACUUGGUGUCUUGGACUCUCAAAUCUCGUUGGCUUACGUGUUGA